AUAACAAUGUCAGCGGUAAACUCGUAAUAUUCGAAGCAACGUAAGAGGGAGACGAAAUAAGAACAAGACGUAUAUGAGAGAGAAAUGGCGUCUACCAGUGGGCACAAGAGAAACGGCUCCAGCUCGAGCAUGUUUGCAAACAAACGUACCGAAUCGGGGGGUGGUUUCGUCGGUUAUAAGCGACUUGAGAGCGGUCACAAACGUGCCGAGAGUAUAUCCAGUGCCUUUGGCCACAAACGAUCCGAGAGUGGCCACAAGAGAAACGAGAGUAGCGGCGGUUUCGGUCACAAGAGGUCCGAGUCUGGCAGUAAUUAUCAUGCCGGUCACCGACGUAACGAAAGUAUGUACGCGAUGACGGGCCUCUAUGCGGAAAGCGCCGGCACUGGCACCGACGAUAAUGCGGAUCCGCUGCAGGUGACCACCGGUAGACUGACUCACGAUACCGUCAUAAGGUGUCACAGUAGAAAUUCCAGUUCUGGCCUUGUGGAUCAUAGAGAUUUUAUCAUCAAAUGUCACAGCAGGAAUCCCAGUGCUUCUAUGGUGGACAGGGCGGAGAAGGAGAGGGCGCAAACUCCACCGUUUAAUCCAGAUUCCAAGGACUGUGGGAUUCUGAGUUGUAGGCCCGUCUUCAUUCAAAGAUUUGCCGGAAUAAAGAUAGGCUAUUUAAAUAUUUUGCAUAGUUAUUCGGAUAAAUGCUACGUAUAUGUUACGUAAUCUACAUCAUUAUUUUCAUUGUUGUUCAGUUCAAUGUUUUCUCCAUCGACUACAUUAUUAUUAUUUGAACGUCUAAUAUUUUCAUUGUACAGAAAAAAUAAUUAUUUGUUUAAAAUGAAAGAGACAGCCCGCGAUUCUUGCUGCAGGAAAAUUCCUUUGCGCUGUUUAUCUGUGACCUUUCAUAAUCGCUAGUGAUGGUUGUUAUAUUAUUUUCCAUUUCAGAAAUUAUUUCUUUUACUUUUCGCCAAAUGGCGGUGUACAUUGCUCUGGUUUUCGAUCAAAAACACCCGGAAAUCUCUAGUAAAAUUAUUAAUAUUUUUAUGUAAUUUUAGGUAAAUAUUUUUCUUUUUAAAUGAUUUUACAAUAAAGUAAUAUAGGUAUGUUUCAAUAACAAUAUAUCAAAAAAUAGAAAUACAUAAACAGUGACUAAAAGUAAAAAAUUGUAAUUCGUUACAAGAUCACGAUCAGUGCAAGCCCCAAUGGCUACCAAGCCCCUAAAACUCUCAAGAAUUCAGAGACUUAACGCUUAUGCGUUAUCAAUUGAAUGUGCCCCAAUGGCGGUGAUAGAUGCUUUCAUUAAUUUCUUUGAUCGGCUCGAUUUAGAAACUACUAUAGCUUCGUCACGAGAUUUAUUAAUCGAGUUGCGGUGGGACUUAGAUCCAGGAAUGAAAUUCCCUUGGUAGAAGCACGAUAACUCAUGGUAUUAACAGAAGUGAUAAUUUAACUCUCUUAGAACAAUAGAAAGAGAAAAGAGAGUUCUUUAAACGCGACUGCACACCUCUUCUUCUUUUCGAUCAAAAGGGCCCGUAGAGAUAUGAUGAUCGUCCUCGCCCGGAAAACGCCGAUCGUCCUUCAAGCGAUGCAAGCGCGAGCCAGGCGUCGCGAGGACGACAAACACGCCGCAUGGACGACGUGACUAUUGAUGUGGCUCGAGCGAUUCGCAUUCACGCCUUCUAUACGUUCGCUAGCGCGCGGUUUUUCAACACAGAAUUAAUUUUUAUUUUAAAAAUUAGGCUUAUUUUAAUGUAAUAUGUUAUAUGUAAUUGUAUUAUAUCCAAAGGCACUUACUCAAUGAUUAAUUAUCAAUGUGUUUUAUUAUUUCAGAAUUUAUAAACUUAAAAACAUCGCAAACUUUAAAGAUUGUAAUUUGCAAGGAUAAGAAAGACGUUGCUGUAAAAAUUGUAAGUAAUUUUGUAAGUUAUUAUUAAUAUUAACUUACAAUCCAGGCAUAUCCAGAGGCACAGUAGUGCCUCAUGCCAAGUGUACGCGCACUGCUGUGCCUCAUUUACGCGAGGCGUCGUUUGCGAGAUUCCGUAGAUUAUCGGAUCUCAAUAACGGCUGAAUCGAUUAAUUUUUAAAUGGGCUUAAUGGAUAGCUUGGAUCCGAUUUGUACAACAAAAGUGUUUUUAUUUUUCCACUACGUGACUUACGAGCAAAGAUAUCGCGAUUUAAAGUUUCGCAUCAAGAGUAAAAUAUUUUUAAGAAACGUCGUUAUUGUCAUUAUCGCCAUCAUCGCCUGGGACAGAUGGUGGGGAUUUAUACUUUUGCUUUUCGUGCGAUAAAUGGCUUACGAACGUAACGGACACGAGAAUUGACAAGAAGUGUUCGUGUCCGCGGAAGAACAGAACGAGAAGUUACGUAUCAUGAUUGGCGGUCGAGUCCGCGUAUCGAGGUAAUGAUUAAUUCGCGGCCAGUUUUCACGGCGAUGAUGUGACAGUUCAAGGUUAGUGACGUGUUGACGUGCGCGAGGUUAAUGGUGAUUUUAGUUUUAUGAAUAAUUCGCAUAUUACAUCGUUAAUUACAUCGUGGAGGGAAAUACGGCUGUGCCUAAUUUGAAGAUUAGUAUAACACUGCGUUGUAUAAUCAGAUAAGUUACACAAAAUUUUCAUUUUUUGUAUGGAAUAAGUAUUCUGAGACAAAAUUAAUACUUUAUUAUGUUUUAUUUGUAGUUAUAUUUAAAGAGAGGAAGAAACACUUUAUUUCAAAUUUAAGUAAUAGAAGAAUAGAUGAAAGAAAAGAGUGAAUGGUAAGGAGAAAGAUGUAAUUAUUCUUAAAGCUCGGAAUUUACAGAGUGCUCGACAAUAUGUGGACCUUCAAGGUAUGAAUCAACGUAAUUUCCUUUCCAAAAAUGAUAGGAUAGAAUGAACGGUUUAUUUUUUGUCAGAAAGUAUUUGUAUUAUAUGUUCUAACUUGUUGUGAGAUAAUCUUUGCAAAAGAUUUAAGAAAGAACAAGCUGUUUGAUGAGACUAUCAUAUUAUUAUUUUCAUACUUAUUAUUUGAAUUUUAAAGAAAAACAGUAAGAAAUUUUAUUAUGAAAAAUUGUUAAUCGUUACAAAUAAUUCUUGGGCAUUCAUAUAAAUAUAUCUCCGAUAUUGUAGCCUGUGAUCAUGUUAUCGGUAGACCAGCUGUGACAUAAUCUAUAUACUUUGUUGUAAUUGUUUUAGAUAAGAUUCAACACAUUGCAAAAAAAAUA